AUGUCCUCUUCCAUCAACAACUGGCUGGCCUUCUCCCUCUCACCGCAGCAGCUUCCCACAGACGGCCUCUCUCAACCCCCACAGCACCCUCAACGACUCAUCUCCGGCGAUUCUUCCGGCAUGGAUUUUGGUGCUGCUGAUGAUAUGUCGGGCGAGGUUUCCGGUGACUGCUUCAACAUGUCUACUGACACUGCUGCCGCUCCCUCCAUGCACAACCCCUUUGGUAUUUUGGAAGCUCUCAAUAGGAGCCACCAACCUCAUGAGUGGAAUACCGCAAAUGCUUUUAAAUCAAUGGAAAGCAUGCCCCUUGUCGGUGGGAGCAGAACCACCAAUACCGAUGCACCUAAGUUGGAGGACUUCCUGGGUGGUAGUAGCAGCGGUGCCGGAGCGGACCCCAUGUACUCCGGCGCCGCGCAUACAUUCGGGAACGGCGCCGAACCGAAGAUAUCCGGCUGCGACGCUUUGACUUCCGGCUCCUAUGAGCAGAAUUCAGGUGACUACAUGUUCUCCGACUGCUCACUGCAACUUCCAGCCACCGCCGGCGGAAACAAUUCGAUCGGCUUGUCAAUGAUCAAGUCAUGGUUGAGAAACCAACCUGCACCGAUGGACACCAAAAGCAGCGCCUGCAGCAGCAGUGCCGGCGCCACCAACACUACAUCUCCGGCAACUGGGAACAUUCCCAACAUGCAAACGUUGUCGCUGUCGAUGAGCACCGGAUCGCAGUCGAGCUCGCCGGCGCCGGUUCGCACCGCCAGUGGCGGUGGAGGAGGUGCCGAGAGCUCGUCGUCGGAGAACAGGCAAAGGGGUUUGGAUAGCCAAACUGGUGCAAUAGAGCCGGUUCCCCGGAAGUCCAUUGACACGUUUGGGCAGAGGACCUCCAUAUACCGUGGUGUUACCAGGCAUAGAUGGACUGGGAGAUAUGAAGCACAUCUCUGGGAUAAUAGUUGCAGGAGGGAAGGACAGACUCGCAAGGGAAGACAGGUUUAUCUUGGCGGCUAUGAUAAGGAAGAGAAAGCAGCAAGAGCGUACGAUUUAGCUGCACUCAAAUACUGGGGAACAACUACAACAACAAACUUCCCGAUAAGUAAUUAUGAGAAGGAGCUAGAGGAGAUGAAGCACAUGACUAGGCAGGAAUAUGUUGCAUCUUUAAGGAGGAAAAGCAGUGGUUUUUCACGAGGUGCCUCGAUUUAUCGAGGAGUUACAAGGCACCAUCAGCAUGGAAGGUGGCAGGCAAGGAUAGGAAGAGUUGCCGGUAACAAAGACCUUUACUUGGGAACUUUCAGUACUCAGGAGGAAGCUGCAGAGGCAUAUGACAUUGCUGCAAUAAAAUUCAGGGGUCUGAAUGCAGUUACUAAUUUCGACAUGAGCAGGUAUGAUGUGAAAAGCAUCCUCGAGAGCAGCACGCUUCCCAUCGGCGGAGCGGCCAAGCGCCUGAAAGAGGCGGAGUCUUCUGAAACGAGCGUCGACGGCCGGAGGACCGACUCGGACAACCUCUCCUCCAACAUCGCCGACGCCAUGGCCGGCUACCCUUCUCACCAUGGCUGGCCCAUCAUAGCGUUCCAGCAGCCCCAGCCACUCAGCCAGCAGCACUACCCUUUUCUUCACCAACAAAGGAACUGGUGCAAGCAAGAGCAAGACAACCCCAUGCAAGACAUUCAGCAACUCCACAUGAGCGGCACCCACAAUUUCCUUCAGCCUUCAUCUGUCAUCCAUAAUCUCAUGAGCCUGCAGGACUCCUCUUCCCUGGAUCAAGGCUCGAGUUCAGGCGUCAACUACCAGGGCGUCGUCAACGGUGGCCUCGUUCUUCCGUUGAAUCCGAUGAUGGCUGAUCAUAAUCAAGCAGCUGGUUUUGGCGAUGGUGAUAUCAAGAAGAUGGGGAGUUCCAGUUAUGACAAUAUACUGCAGGUGGAUCCAUAUUCUAGCAGAAACAUGUAUUAUCUUUCCCAGCAGCAGGCAGCAAGCCUCACUAAACCAGGCAGCAGCAGCACCAGCAACUAUGAUCAGGACUCAAACUGCAACAAUUGGGCACCAAAUUCAGUUCAACAGAUGGCGCCAAGAUCAAACCUUUCAGUAUGUCAUGGAGCUCCUAUUUUUACAGUCUGGAGUGACACAUGAUUCUUAGGGUAUGGUAUCCAGCUUUACAGAGAGAAUACAAGGUAUAUGAAUAUAUAAAAAGAGAGAAAGAGAAAAAAGAAAAAGAGAGAAGAAAGAGUGAAAAAUGAAAUACAUAUAUAUAGAUGACUA